AUGCCCGUCCAGCGGAUUCGUCGCGCGCCUCUCCGCGCGCCGCUCCUGUGCGUGCUGUGCCUCCUCUGCCUCGUCCGCUCUUUUCCCGUCGCAGACCUCGCGUCGCCUGCACGCUCCUCGCCAUCGCAGCUGUCGCCCACUCUCGCUCGUCGUCGUCUGACCCAAUUGCUCGUGCCUGAUCCCCCCUCGCAAUCCCUCGCCCCGUCGCCUAUGGCGGGGUGGGCGGCAGGCGAGGGGUGGGAGAGUGACACGUGGCGCGAUCUGAGUGGCGAGUUUGAUGAGUCGGAUGACGAGGGUGGCGAGGGCAGCAGCCGGCGGGGGAAAGAAGAUGGGGGGAAUCAGAUGCUGGGCCAAGGGGGGGAGCAAGCGCAGGGGAGGAGGGAAAAGCAGGGAAUAGGGGGAAUGGCGGGGCUGGGGAGCGCAGAGCAGGGGGAAGCGGGCGAAGCCACGGGGGCGGACGGGCGGGCGGGUCAGAAUCCGGGUAUGGACGUGCAUGGUGACGGGGCGGCUGACACAGCACAGCCAGCAGAGGGGGCGAGCGGGGGCAGGUGGGGGGUUGAGGAGGCGGACACGGAGGGGGUGGCGUGGCGGGUGGAGGAGGCGUGGAGGGAGUGGGACCGACUCGUGGGGUGCGAGCGAUUCCGAGCCAAACACGCAGGCCACAGCAGCAGCAGUGGUGGUGGAGAUGGCAGCUAUGAGGGCGAUGAGGCGAGUGACUGCUCGCUGCUGAAACUGCCCCAUGUCACCGUGCAGGUGCGCACCCCUCCACCCUCCUCGCCAGGCCAACAUCCCCCUUCACUCUCGCAAGCCUGCUACUCCCAAUGCCUCCUGCUCUUGACAAGUCCACAACCCUCUUUCUACUGUCCGUUUGCAUUCCCAUCCCCCUGCCCUUGCAACCACGGGGUGCAGAUCAUGGCGUCCUCGUCGCUGCCCGCAUGGCUGGAGGGCUUCUUCACGUGCCCCUGCGGCCUCACCUGCACGCUGUCGCGCAGUGAGGUGCUGGCAGCGCGCCCCGACGCCAUGCUGUACGAGGGGGGCGCGCCCAGGGGAGUCAGAGUCAAGGGCGACCCGCUGCUCGUGCAUGUGGCCAUGGAGGCGGAGGGGGAGGGGGAAAAAGGGGGAGAGGGCGCGCAGGCAGGCAGUGGGGUGGAUGUGACGGUGGGGUAUGGCCCGGGUGCGGACGUGCAGUGCACGUAUGCAACCAACCUGCUGCUCGCCGACCACAACCGCCUCAUUGCUGCUGCCAAGUCCCCCGCUCUGGCCAUCUUCCAUGCCUCAUCGCGCUACUCGCCGUGGCGGGCGGCAGCAGCGCCGCUGCUACUGGCGCACCCCCUCACGCACCGCUUCGGCCUGCAGACGCCCCUCCCGCUGCGCUGCUCCCUGCGCCGUGCCUUCCCCCGCUGCCAGUACUCGCACGCACCCAAGGGGGCAGGGGCGCAGGGCGCAGGGGCGCGGGGGCAGGCGCAGGUGCUCGGGCAAAGGGGGACGGGGGGGCCUGGUGUAGGAUUCUUGGGUGGGGCCGUUGCAAGGGGGACAGCAGCUGUGGGGGGGAGCGGAAGGGGGGGUGCAGUGGCGCAAGGGGAGGUAGGGGGGAAGGAGGGGCAGGGGGAGAAGGAGGGAGAGGGGAGUGCAGGGGGGGCGGAGGAGGGGGCAGGGUGGACGGCGAGGGACCGGGAGAUGGCUGGCGUGGAUGAGGCAGUUGGGGGUGGCGGGGGAGGAGGGGCGCGCGGGGGGCCGUAUGCGGGGUGGUGGGGGGAGCUGGCGUGUGCACAGUCGCACUUCCUCUUCUCCCUCGCCAUCGAGCGCCACCACCGCCCCGCCUACGUCACCGAGAAGUUCUUCCUGCCCCUCCUCGCAGGCAGUGUGCCGAUCUACUACGGGGCGCCAGACGUGGGAGAGUUUGCCCCACCGGAGUCGUUCAUGGAGGGCGGGGCGGAGAGCGAGGAGAGCAUAGUGCAGCGCGUGCACGCCAUGCGCAGCAACGCCACGGCCUACCUCUCCCUGCACGCCUGGCGCCGGUGCGGAGUGCUGGGGGGCCUGCAGCGAGCGCUGCGGAUGGGGUUUGACACUCUGCCGUGCCGCCUGUGCCAUCACAUCAGCACCAUGGGGGGGCGCGCACACACCCCACAACCCCGCUCUGCUGAAGAGGAUGCUGCUGCGGGUGGGGGUGAUGGCGAUGCCAUGAACUCGGCCACAACAGUGAUUUGA